CUCCCGCAGACGAUCCAUCCAGAGAGAACAGCUGAUGCCGUGGACAAGGGUAGACACGACAGAUAAAGGAAACCCUUCUCUCCUGCAGGACCUCCAAGCUUUUGGAACAUUAUCCUUUCUUGCAUCUCUAGUCUCUCUCUCAGUCUGSUUGGUCUCUCCACCCCUCCGUGACCUGGGGAUGAACGCACCAAUGAGGAGCCUCACAGGUAUGCCUGAUCGCAUGUUAUGUGCAGUGCUGGAGCAAUUUCAGCUUUACUUUUCCCUUUGAUUCACUCCCUGUAUAGCACGGCAAGCCCCAGCAUGCUGAAGAGGAAACAAAGCUCACGGGUUGAGGCCCAGCCGAUGACUGACUUUGGGCCAGAUGAGACCCUUGCAGACAGCGCUGACAUCUUCUGGAUCAACAAACCAUGGGUUCAUUCCUUGCUUCGUGCCUGUGCCAUCAUCAGUGUCAUCUCUGUCUGUAUGAACACCCCGAAGACCUUUGAACAUUACCCUCCACUGCAGUUUGUGACAUUCAUGCUGGACAUGCUGCUCAUGUUCCUCUACACUGCUGAGAUGAUUGCCAAGAUGCACAUAAGAGGAAUCAUCAAGGGGGACAAYUCUUACGUCAAAGAUCGCUGGUGUAUGUUUGAUGGAUUCAUGGUGUUUUUCAUCUGGGUCUCCCUGGUGCUUCAGGUGUUUGAAAUAGCAAAACUUGUGGAUCAGAUGUCUCCUUGGGGAAUGCUGAGAAUCCCCCGAGCACUGAUAAUGAUCCGGGCCUUCAGGAUCUACUUCCGCUUUGAGCUUCCUCGUUCUCGAAUCACAAACAUUCUGAAGCGCUCAGGGGAACAGAUCUGGAGUGUCUCAAUUUUCUUGCUGUUUUUUCUCCUGCUUUAUGGAAUUCUGGGUGUUCAGAUGUUUGGAACUUUUAACCAUCACUGCGUUACAAAUGAUACCAUAGUAGGAAAUGUGACCUGGAACAGCUUGGCUAUCCCUGACACACAUUGCUCAAAAGAAGGAGAGGGCUACCAGUGUCCUCAUGGCUUCAAAUGUGUGAAUCUCCAAGAUUAUGGACUUAGCCGACAAGAGCUUGGUUACAGUGGAUUCAAUGAACUAGGUUCAAGUAUCUUCACUGUGUAUGAGGCUGCAUCACAAGAGGGUUGGGUUUUUCUCAUGUACAGAGCCAUUGACAGUUUCCCCCGAUGGCGAUCCUACUUCUACUUUAUAACUCUCAUUUUCUUCCUGGCAUGGCUUGUCAAGAAUGUGUUCAUUGCCGUCAUCAUUGAGACUUUUGCUGAAAUCAGAGUUCAGUUUCAGCAGAUGUGGGGAUCAAGGAGCAGUACCACUUCAACUGCUACAACACAGAUGUUCCAUGAAGAUGCCGCUGGGGGAUGGCAACUUGUAGCUGUAGACGUCAACAAACCACAUGGUAGAGCGCCUGCUUGCCUCCAGGUUGCAUUCACUGUCCUGUUCGACUUGGAAGCUCUUCUGAAAAUUUGGUGUCUUGGGUUUACUGGCUACAUCAGCUCUUCUUUACACAAGUUUGAGUCUCUGCUGGUGGUGGGCACCACACUGCACAUCUACCCCGACCUUUAUCACUCUCAGUUCACCUACUUCCAAGUGCUGCGUGUGGUGCGUUUGAUAAAGAUUUCUCCUGCCCUAGAAGACUUUGUCUAUAAGAUUUUUGGUCCAGGUAAAAAACUGGGCAGCCUGGUGGUAUUCACAGCCAGUCUUCUGAUUGUCAUGUCAGCCAUCAGCUUGCAAAUGUUCUGUUUUGUGGAGGAACUGGACCGUUUUACUACAUUUCCAAGGGCAUUCAUGUCCAUGUUCCAGAUUCUUACCCAGGAGGGUUGGAUAGAUGUCAUGGACCAGACUCUGGUGGCUGUAGGUCAAGUGUGGGCUCCAGUUGUGGCCAUUUACUUCAUCCUCUACCAUCUGUUCGCUACCCUGAUUCUGUUGAGUCUUUUUGUGGCUGUUAUCUUGGACAAUCUGGAGUUGGACGAGGACUUAAAAAAGCUCAAACAGCUCAAGCAAAGCGAAGCCAAUGCUGACACCAAAGAGAAACUCCCUUUACGGCUCAGGAUCUUUGAGAAGUUCCCCAACAGACCUCAGAUGGUAAAGAUCUCCAAGCUCCCAUCCGAUUUCACUGUGCCCAGAAUCAGGGAGAGUUUUAUGAAGCAGUUUAUUGACCGUCAGCAGCAGAAUACCAGCUGUUUGUUCAGACGUCUUCCCUCUGCGUCGUCGUCGUCGUGUGAUCACUCCAAACGCUCAGCCAUCGAAGAUAACAAGUACAUUGACCAAAAGCUUCGCAGGUCAAUAUUUAGCAAUCGAGCACGCAACCUCCUGGAAAAAGAGACUACAAUCAAUGAAAUUCUACGGGCUUGCACCACACAGCGUGGGCAAAGUGGAUCCUUUGAAGGCCAGCCAGCCAAAGACCGCUCCAUUCUUAGUGUGCAGCAUCACAUACGGCAAGAGCGCAGAUCCCUGCGACAUGGCUCCACUAGUCAAAGAAUCAGCCGAGGAAAGUCGCUGGAGACUCUUACACAAGAUCAUUCCAGCACGGUGCGCUACCGCAACUCUCAGAGGGAGGACAGCGAGAUUAAGAUGAUCCAGGAAAAGAAAGAACAAGCAGAAYUGAAAAGAAAAGUGCAGGAAGAGGAGCUGAGGGAGAACCAUCCCUACUUUGAUAAACCUCUUUUCAUUGUGGGUCGUGAGCAUCGUUUUAGGAACUUCUGCAGGAUGAUCGUCCGAGCGCGCUUUAAUGUAUCAAAAACUGACCCAAACACAGGAGCAGUGAAGAACACUAAGUACCACCAGCUGUAUGAUCUCCUGGGCUUAGUCACCUAUCUGGACUGGGUUAUGAUUGUAGUGACCAUCUGCUCCUGCAUCUCCAUGAUGUUUGAGUCACCCUUCACCCGGGUCAUGCACGUCCCCACUCUGCAGAUUGGAGAGUAUGUAUUUGUGAUAUUCAUGAGCAUUGAGCUCAACCUGAAGAUCAUGGCCGAUGGCUUGUUCUUCACCCCCACUGCUGUCAUCCGAGACUUUGGAGGGGUGAUGGACAUCUUCAUCUAUCUUAUAAGUUUGAUUUUUCUGUGCUGGCUGCCCCAUGAUGUUCCCCCUGAGUCUGGAGCUCAGCUUCUGAUGAUGCUGCGCUGCCUGCGGCCGCUAAGGAUCUUCAAGCUUGUUCCCCAAAUGAGAAAGGUGGUGCGGGAGGUCCUUAAAGGAUUCAAGGAGAUUUUCCUGGUAUCUAUUCUGCUCCUCACACUGAUGCUGGUGUUUGCAAGCUUCGGAGUUCAACUGUUCGCUGGAAAGCUGGCCAAGUGCAACGACCCUCGUAUACUCAGACGGGAUGAUUGCCACGGUAUUUUCCGAAUAAACGUUAGCGUUUCCAGAAACUUGAACUUGAGGCUAAAGGCUGAAGAGAAGAAACCUGGUUUCUGGGUACCAAGAGUUUGGGCCAAUCCCCGAAAUUUUAACUUUGACAAYGUAGGAAAUGCCAUGUUGGCUCUGUUUGAAGUUCUGUCACUCAAAGGCUGGGUAGAAGUCCGAGAUGUCAUUAUUCACCGCGUUGGACCGAUUCAUGGCAUCUACAUUCAUGUGUUUGUGUUUCUGGGAUGCAUGAUCGGACUCACUCUGUUUGUCGGAGUGGUCAUUGCAAACUUCAAUGAGAACAAAGGUACUGCCCUGCUAACAGUGGACCAGCGAAGGUGGGAGGAUCUAAAAAGUCGACUGAAAAUAGCCCAACCACUCCACUUGCCUCCUCGUCCAGAGAAUGGAGGAUUUCGAGCCAAGAUGUAUGACAUUACUCAGCACCCCUUCUUCAAACGAGGCAUUGCUGUUCUGGUGUUGGCUCAGUCUGUCUUGCUUUCAGUCAAGUGGGAUGUAAAAUAUCCCAGUGUGACUUAUCCGCUCGCCACCAUGUCUGUAGUCUUCACUUUUAUAUUUGUACUGGAGGUAACGAUGAAACUCAUAGCCAUGUCACCAGCAGGUUACUGGCAGAGUCGACGAAAUCGUUAUGACCUGCUGGUCACAUCACUGGGCGUCAUCUGGAUAGUUUUGCAUUUUUCUUUACUGAAUGCAUAUACRUACAUGAUGGGCACAUGUGUGAUAGUCUUCAGGUUCUUCACAAUAUGUGGAAAACACGUGACGCUCAAGAUGCUGCUGCUGACCGUAGUAGUGAGCAUGUACAAGAGCUUCUUCAUCAUUGUGGGCAUGUUUCUCCUCCUCCUCUGCUACGCUUUUGCUGGAGUUGUUCUCUUCGGAACCGUUAAAUAUGGAGAGAACAUAAACAGGCAUGCCAACUUCUCCACAGCAGGCAAAGCUAUCACCGUUCUCUUCCGCAUCGUCACAGGGGAAGAUUGGAAUAAAAUCAUGCAUGACUGCAUGGUUCAGCCCCCGUUCUGCACUCCAGAUAAGCAUCGUUACUGGGAGACUGACUGUGGCAACUAUGCUGGAGCACUUAUUUACUUCUGUUCUUUUUACGUCAUCAUAGCCUACAUUAUGCUCAACCUACUUGUAGCCAUCAUUGUGGAAAACUUCUCUUUGUUCUACUCCACUGAGGAGGACCAGCUGCUGAGUUAUAAUGACCUGAGGCACUUCCAAAUCAUCUGGAACAUGGUGGAUGACAAACGGGAGGGUGUGAUCCCGACAUCCAGAGUGAAGUUUCUGCUGCGUCUGCUCAGAGGCAGGCUGGAAGUGGACUUGGACAAAGACAAGUUGUUGUUUAAGCACAUGUGUUAUGAAAUGGAGAGACUUCAUAAUGGAGGAGAUGUGACUUUCCAUGAUGUCCUCAGCAUGCUGUCGUACCGCUCAGUGGACAUUAGGAAGUCUCUCCAGCUGGAGGAGCUGUUGGCCAGGGAACAGCUGGAGUACACCAUCGAAGAGGAGGUGGCCAAGCAGACCAUACGCAUGUGGCUCAAGAAAUGCCUCAAACGCAUCCGGGCGAAGCAGCAGCAGUCUUGCAGCAUCAUUCACAGCCUGAGAGAGAGCCAGCAGCAGGAGCUGAGCCGCUUCCUCAACCCUCCCAGCAUAGAAACGACAGUGCCAAGUGAAGACCACAAUACUAACAAUGCAGACAACCCUUCUCAGCCUGAGAUGAGUGGUCUCCAGCAGCUCCUGAGCCCCACGUUGUCAGACAGAGGCGGCUACAGGCAGGACUCCACAGACCUGGGGAGACCGCAGAGGAAGCUGGGACAGUGGCGGCUGCCUGCAGGUCGCACGAGUGUAAAAUCGAUUGUGUGUAAGAUGAACCCUGUCAACGACGAGGCUUCUUCGGGUUCAGAGGUGAAGAAGUGGUGGACCCGUCAGCUGACUGUGGAGAGCGACGAGAGCGGAGACGACCUCAUAGACCUGUAGAGAGGUUCAUGGUGGACUGUGCAGGAGAGAGAACGCCUGGAAACCUUAAUAAACUGGAGCUGUGUUGAACAACGGAGUGGGCCAAAAUUUCUCCACAACCUUGUGAGAGACUAUUAAUAUCAGACAGAAACCCACUGAGAGCCAUUGCUGCUAAAGGAGGUCCUACAAGCUGUUGAAUCAUGUGUGUGUAGUUUUUCACACCGCUUUUGUAUUUUGCUUCAUUUUUUUGAGUGUUUUUGUACAUGAGGUUAGAUUUGAAUAAGAUCAGAUCAUUCUUAAAUAUUCCCUGAUACAGAAAACYCUAGAUUUAUUUGAGUGUACUUGAGUGUACUCGACUGUACAUGACAAAAUGUGCACUGGUUCAGCUGACAACAAUGAAAGAUUAAUUUUAAUAAUGUUUGAUGAGUGUGUGGUAACACAUAAAGGCUCCAAAACCUGUUUUAUUGUACAACAAUUUGACAGAUUAGCUUGAUUAAAUGUAGUAGUUAUUCUCAAUUUAUGAAACUAAUGUUGUCAGAGACGUGCUUAAAAGCUGAUGAAACCA